AUGACUGAAUCAACAAGAAACAGAUUCGGUUUCUCAGUCUUCUUCGUCAUCAUCAUCUUGAUCUCUGUGUGGAUUUUACCGGCGGCUGCAGAUGGAGUGGAAAAUGACGAUGCUGCCAAGAAAGAAGAGAAUCCAUCACUUGUAAAGAUCAUAUACGGAAUUUUUGGCAAGAAAUUUCCUCCGAGUUCUUGGGAACUGAUUCAAGGUGUAAUGCAGAAGAUCCAGAUGAAGCUUUACCCUCCAAAUUUAGAUUUCAGAAGCAACAGCGACAAGAAGAACAAGGAGGAAGAAGAUAAAGGAGAGAAAAUGAAAGAAGCAGCGACAAGGAGCCUCGAAGUAAGCAAAGAAGCCAUUGAAGAGUCUGCAAGACUAGCAGGUGGUGUUGUAGGAGACGUAGUUCAAAAAACAGCUGAGAAAGUUACCAAACAAUCCUCACAUGAUGAACUGUAA